AUGGUUAGGCCAAUUUUCUACAAGGUGGAUCCCUCAGAUGUACGACACCAAAGAAGUAGUUUUGGUCACGCAUUUGCCCACCAUGAACUCAAAUUCAAGGAUGACAUGGAGAAAGUGCUCAAAUGGAGGAGAGCUCUUACGGAGGCAGCAAAUUUGUCUGGGUCACAUUUAAAGGAGGACGAGUAUGAAGCUAAAUUUAUCGGUAAAGUCGUUGAAGAGAUUUCAGUUCAACUGAUCAACAAGACAUAUUUUGGUGGCCCAGCCUACAAAGUUGGAUUAGAGUCUCAUGUAACAGAUGUCAACAAGAUUUUAGGUGUUGAUGGAAAUGGUCGUUGCAUGGUUGGCAUAUGGGGUAUUCCUGGAAUAGGCAAGACGACAGUUGCUAAAGCGAUUUAUAAUUCAAUUGCACGCAAGUUUGAAGGUAUUUGUUUUCUGGCAGAUGUUAGAGGAAAGUCAUCAGUGUAUGGACUAAUUGAACUACAAAAGAAUCUUCUUUGUCAGAUCCUAGGAGACAAAAACUUCAACUUGAUUACUCUUGAUCAAGGAAUAAAUGUUAUCAAGCAACGAUUGAGACAUAAGAGGAUUCUCUUAACCCUUGAUGAUGUGAAUCAGUUGGACCAGUUAAACAAUUUAGCAGGAGACGUUGAUUG